AUGUCAUUUAAAUAUGAACGAUUUCUUAUUGAAGCUAUUGAACAAUGUAAUAUGCCUAAAAUAAUAACAUGUGUUAAACAUGGUCAUAAUUUUCAUCUAAAAAAUAAUCUUGGACAAAAUUUACUUAUACAUUUACUUAAACAACAAAAUUAUCAAGAUCCACUUUUUGAAAAAAAACGUUUACAAAUAUUUGAUUUUUUAAUAUCACAUUGUAAACUUGAUGUACAUAUAGUUGAUUAUUAUAAUAAAAAUUUAUUUAAUUGGGCAACAAAUCUUAAUUGUACACAAGAAGCACUUUAUUUAUUACGUUCAUAUCCAGGUGAUAUUGAUAUACUUAAACGUGAUCAUUCAGGUUCAUGUUCAUUACAUUAUGCAAUUGAACAUGGUAAUGAAAUUCUUGUACAUGCUAUUGUUGAUUAUCUUCUUCAAUAUCGUAUAAGAUUUGAUAUAAAAGAUAAUUAUAAUAAUACACCAGAAGAAUUAGCUAGCAAAUUAGGUUAUAAUCAUAUAGCAGAUUAUUUAUCUGAAGCAUGUCGAUCAACAAUAUUUAUGUCAAGAGAAAUUUCAUUUUUACAACAACGACCAAUAACAGAUCGAUUAAAAACAACAGCAACAACAAUAACAACUCGAUCAAAAACAACACUAACAAAUAGGUCUAAAGUAACAACAGCAACAACAAUAAAUAGAUCGAAAACAACAACAGCAAACACAACAAAUACAAAAAUUAAUUUAUCAAUAUUAUCAUCAUUAAUAUCAUCACCGUUUAUAUUUAAUUCAGCUGAAUUUUAUAAUUUAUUUGAAUCAAAAAUUGAUAAAGCAAAACAUUUAAAUGAUUGGAAAACUGUUGCAGCAUUAAGAGCAUUACAAAAAAAUUUUAAUGAAAAAAAUAUCAAUAAAUUACCUAUACCAACUCUUCAAAUUAGUAGAACAACAUCACCUGUUUCUUCGAAAUCUUUUCCUAUCAUUAUGCCAUCACCAACUAGUCAAUCAGCACAAUUAUUAAAUUUAUUAGAACCACAAAUAUGUUCAUCAUAUUGCAUACCAUUUAUACCUAGUUAUCCACGACCAAUUAUUCCAAUUGUUAAUCGUCAACUACAAACAACAUCACAACGUAAAAUGUCAAUAGCAUCAUCACGUCGUUUAUCAUCAGUAAUGAGUAUUCGUAAACGUAAUUCAAAUGUUAGUCAAUUAGGUUUUUUACCAAUGCAAGAUGGACAAAGUCGUUUAGUUUUACCAUCAACUAUUAAACAACAUAGACCAUCAAUUACAACAGAUAAUUAA